AGAUGGUGCAACAGAUGAGUAAUGUACAUAUUAGCAGCCCUGCAGGUCAACCUCCACCAUCUCAGCAACAAACUCCUGGAUGGCCACCUCAACCAAGUUCAAAUUCUACGGUAGGUUAAAAAAUUGUUUGUUAUGGAGACAAGGUAGUUAUAAGGUCCCACUUUCUUUCUUUUCAGGUUUGCUGGGCAUGAAACUGCACCUAAUACUACAGUCAGGGUUUCUUUAUAAUAUUUAUGGUACUCCCUAACAAAUCCUUAAAAUUAGUUGCCAAAUUGGCAACCAAAAUUUCUUCACGACACCUAACUUUAUGACCCUGUGAAUGUCUGAAAAUAUGUCUUAAAAAUGGGCAUCCAAAUGUUCUUGUUUGUGUAUUCAAAUCAGCACAUUCCACAAAGAAAAUCUGUCAUACCAUCUUGCAUUUCAAGUAGAUAUGUCAUAUAUGGUUCCUUCUUUUGACUCCUUUGUUUACCUUAAGACAUAGUUGAUAAAAAAACUAGUCAGAGACGAACUGUUUGGAUCUGGGGCUUCUGGAAAAAUUGUUUACCAUAUUUCCUUGAAUAAUAGCUGUCCCUUGAUUAAUCGCCUCCCUUGAAAAAUCCUCCCCCCCCCCUCCUGAGACAGGAAUAUAUAAAAUAAUUGCCUCCCUCAAAUAAUGCCCCCCCCCACCCCUUUCUUUUAUCCUCUCCUUGCCAAGUUGAAGUGAAGUCUGAUCCAACUAAACUGCUCAGUAACGAUUCAAUCUCUGAAGUCAAGGAGGUAAGGUACCUCUGCUGAAUCACAAUAGAAAGUUUCUGGAUUACUCAUGUUAAGCUGCAACUUUCACAGGAAUUUGCUUAUUUUUUAGGUCAGGGCUUGUUUCUUUGGUUAUUUAUUUUUUUUGCUUUCCUCUUGACCGCAGCAGGGACAAUACAGAGGACCACCAACAGGACCCUCUCCGAUGACAGCCAUGGGACAUCAACCAGUACCACCCACGAGUCGGCCUCCAGGUCCUCCAACAAUGCCGACCAUGCCCCCAAUGCACCAACCUGGUUUCCCCCCAUCAUCCAGUUCAGGGGCCCCACCUAUGGGGGGUAUGACCCAAUCCCUGAUGGGUAGACCCAAUGCCACACAAAUGCCUCCAUUGCCAGGGUCUUUCCCCGGUUCCCAGGUUAGUAUGUCUGCUCCUUCCUUUAGUGGGUCUGCCAGCGCUGGAGUGACAAGCCUUUCAGGGCCGACACUUAGCCAGGCAGCACCUCCUAGUGGGGUUUCUGGUGCUGGGAUGUCUCAUGUGUUACCUGGUGGUCGGCGCUUGUAUCCAGGUCAUGCACCACCAAGUCCCGUGGAGAAUCAACCUUCUGCUGGAUCGAUGGGAAUGCCUCGACACACUGUGAGUUCAGGAAGCUGGUGAUAUGCAUGCAGCAAGCUGAUUUUGCUUGAUAAUUUUGUGCAUGGAAUUAUUUGUUGCCCGACACAUUCAACAUAAAUCAGUCAAACAUUCACUAAGUUCUGAUUAUUACUACAUGUUGAAUUUCUUGUUUGUUGAUAUUGGUAGCCUUCUUUAAAAUAGUAAAUGGUGAUUGUUUUGUAAUGGACACAAGACAUAAAUGUCUGUUAAUGACUUAACACAUCCAGCAGACUUUGGUUUGUUAAACGUGCUUUUAUUCGUCAGUUUUUUUUCCUUUGAAAAAGUUCUCUCUUUCCUUCUCUUUCUCUGUUAAACUCCACCUACAAUGUGGUAGACUGCUAUUCUUGGAAAUUGUCUGUGUUUAAAGUGAGUCUAACAAGUAUUUCAACUGUUGUUUCCUUUUCACAUGAACAAUUUGCUGACCUUACUGAAAAACAAAUCAUCAUUAGGCCUGUAGAGCCUCUCAACAAUGGUGAAUCCAUUUCUAAAUAGCAAGUGAACAAGCCACAGUGUUGAAUGAAAGCAUUCAAUUUUAAAGAUUAUCUAUAUGUAUAUUAUGUCUAGUGUCAUGACAGUGUCAGAGUACAGAUGUAAAUGUAAAUAUAUGACUAUAGCAACAUAGUAUCACUCAGGGAUGUCACUAAGCUUUUUCAUUGCCGGAUUAUGAAAUUAGUGGGUGAAGAAUUGAGCAGCAAGGAACUUCUUUUGGUUCUAUUUUUCUUUUGCUUUGUAUUAAAGUAUCUGAGGGUUGCCCAUAGUAACUAGCGCAAAUUCCUUGCCCCGUCCCUUAGUUACACUAGUCACUACUUACUGUUAAGAAUAAUAUUAUCAUGGACCACGGCACUCUCGUUUCCGAAAAAUUGAAGAACAACUCCCCAAAAAAUCUGUGGGCCAUCUGUCCACCAACAGUCGGCAAACAAAUUUUUUGGGCAGCUUUUCAUCAAAUUUUCUCAAUGUGCCUUUAAAAAGCCGCCUUGGAUGCAUCAUGAUGUUUUUGUAACCUCUUGCUUCAGGGUCAGUCAAUGUAUCCAGGUGCUGGACCUAUGAGUGGAAUGCCACCAAGUGGACCUGCUCAACCUGGGAUGGGUCCUCACACACCUAUGAACUCACCAAUGCAGCAACAGAGAAGAAUUGAUCCUGAUCAGAUGCCUAGUCCUGUUAGUAUACCCUUCCAAUCCUUGCAGUUUCAAAGUACUUGUGCAUGAUUAAGUUCUGUAGAUCAUGAACAUUAUUUAUCAGUAUCCUCCCCUCUGAGUUAACUAGAUGUUCUCGUUCACUGUAACUUUUAUAGUCUCAAAAUUUUGCUCUUGCUAAACACAGUAUUUGGAUUCAUUGUUGGUCUUUGAGAUAUCAUAGCUGUCCUCAUCCUCAUCAUUAUCAUCGCCAUUAUUUUCAGUCCAUUUCGCACCAAGCAUCAAAAUGAAAAAUGAUUGCUUCUGAAUCACCACUUUUUCAGGCAACCAUUGUCCUUCAAUAUUUACCUGUUUAACAGAAACAAUUGACAGCUGAAUGUUGCAUUUUUACAUCUACACUGAUUGAACGUCUCCAUAAGCAGCCAUGUGUUUUGGUCCUGAAGUUAUCCAUUGUGUACUUUGUUUUAGACUCACCUCCUCUCAUGUUUAACAGAUCCAAGUAAUGAAAGAUGACAAUGAAGCUUUUAAAGGAUCACCAUAUCUCACAAGCACAAGAGGAAGAACCCCACCUCUUGUAACCAGCAACUUUGUUGUUCAGGAUGAUGGUAUGAUCUAGCAUUUCAAUGUCUUUCCUCUUUGGUGUUUUUAGUUUUUGUUGUUGUUUUUUUAAUAAGUAUGGAUUUUCAGGGUUCAAAAUUGCAACCAGCUGGUGACAAUGCUCCUAAAACUUGACAGCUAGUGACCAAAAUUUCAAAGGUAGUCACCAGUAGGCAACUGUAAUAAGUUUCCGCUCCAGCAUUUUGAACAGCUGUUCUAGGUUCAGAGGAUAUUGGUUUUUAUUCAACUUUUUAAGGAUAUCAUUUUAGGGAAAUUUAAUGUAAAAUGGCAUCCAAAACUUUUGAUUUUACAUGUUUAUGUCUCCUUUCCAAAAUAUAUGUUGUAGUUAAUUUUUAUCUCAGGUAAUUUUUAUUUCCCUUUUGUUUCAACUUCAUUAGCGUACAUUACUAUACCCAAGAACAAAAGAAAAACAAAAAUUACCUGAGAUAAAAAAUUAACGUCAUAUACAACAUAAGUAUGUUGAAUGGAAAAGUAGCUUUCAAUUAAAAAACAGCCCCUGCAUGUUCUUGUAUUACCCGUUUUCUGAAUUGAGACCCUAUUUCCAAGCUUGGUUUCUGCUUACUUUCUUUUUUUUCUUCAGGGAACUGCAGCCCUCGUUUUAUGAGAUGCACUAUGUACAAUAUACCAUGCAACAAAGACUUACUUCAAGCAUCCAGCAUACCAUUAGCAACAGUCAUAACCCCAUUUGCUGAAACAGACCCCUCUGAGGUCAGUUUUGCUAUUAAGAACUGUAAAGCUUUGAUUCUGAGAAAGGUACCUUAACCCUUUAAACCAUAAGAUUAAAAUUUGAAUUCUCAUUUGUUGCCCCUAUUCAUUUCCUACAGAAGUAGUGGGGAGUAGUUGAUAAAUCAAGCAAAUUCAUCUUGUGUGAUCAUGCCCAUAGUUCUCACGACCACUCUGUUUUAACUAUGCAUUGAUUUUACAAGGAGAAAUUUGAUGCUGAUCACUCAUAGGGUUUAAAGGGUUAAAGUGUACCAGAUUUUAAAAGCCAUCAUUUUUGCUAACUGAAUUUGGGAGAUUCAACAACACCAUAGGUUUGAUUUUAUAUGAUGACAAUACAGAUUCAAGAAUUAGUGUACCUUGUACAUAGUGAUAAACAAUGCCAAAGGAAAGUACUUAUCAUUAGCUUUCACUUGAAUAUACAUUAUUUGGAGGUAUUCCCGUACUAAAAUUAAAAUGUUCGUCAAUGGCAAUGCAAUGAAUUCAGUCUUCACUGAAACUGGUGCACUUCAAGAAGGUAUAGAACAGGACCAACCGCUUUUUAAUGUGAGAAAGCACUGCUGAAAGCAGUUCAAACUUUCAAUGGUCUUGAAAGCACAUGGCUGAAUGUAAGAGCAAAGAGUCACCUAAAUUAGGACAAUAUAAUUUAAUAAGGUAAAAAAAAUUAAGCACAGGUUUUUAGAGGAUUUAGGUUUUUUCUAGUAGCUAGAUAAACACUUCCUUUCUUAAACUAAGUUGUCCACCAUAGAAAAGAUAAAAGAUUCAAAAAUUCAAAAGCUGACAUUUGGAAUGCUAGCCCUUUCUCAGAGAAAAUCUUCCAGAGUCACUUCCCCAUCGAUACACAGCACAACUAUUUUAAAAAAUUAGUUCCUUCGUUCUAGAAGGGUGAAACAUUCCUUUUAAUUAUUGGUGUUUCUAUCCUUCACAGCCUCCUCUUCGCAUCAUGGACUACAAUCCCACAGGCCCUGUGCGUUGUAAUCGUUGCAAGGCGUAUAUGAAUCCUUUUGUACAGUUUGUUGAUGGUGGUAGAAGAUUUUUAUGCAAUAUUUGCAAUUACUCUUCAGAAGGUAAAAGUCAAACAUUCAGCUAGUAUAUACUGGUACUACUAGUAGUAAGCAAAGGUUAGAGUGUGGGUGAAAUCGAUACAACUUCAAAAUUCUCCUCCUCCAAUGUUGAUCUCUGUGUUCCUUUUUAAGCAAUAGAAGGUCAAAACAUGCGUAAACAGAUCAGGAAAAAAAAUGAAAAUAGAACCAAAGGAACUUUCUAGUUGUUCAAUUCCCCUUCCAUUCACUGAAUAUACCCAGUGACUUGAAAUCUUAGUGACAGCCCUAAUAUGUCAACUUUCUGACAACAGGUUACAGUUCCAUUAUUCUGAGUUAGCUUUAUGAAGGUUUUGAUUCUUGAUUGAUGUUAAUAAAUUACUUAAAUGUUUUUGUUCAUAGUUCCUGGGGAAUACUUUUGCCAUCUCGAUCACCAAGGCCUCAGACUCGACACAUACGACAGACCAGAACUUCAUCUUGGGUCAUAUGAAUUUGUUGCCACCAAAGACUACUGCAAGGUACAGUGUGUAGUAUUAUUUGCUGGGUGAUGCAAAGUUAAUGUCAGAUGAGUGCAUGGAAAAUUGUUAGUGACAAGAAAAUGUACAGAUAUAUUCUUCAAAACAGUGGAUAUCUUCACUGCUCAGUCCUUUAUGAGCUAGACCAUGUCUCUUUUGUCUCCUUAGCAUGUGGAGAUUUGAAGUGAAAAAUUCUCACAUUUGGUCACCCAAUAAAAAGCUCGAAAGGUCGAAAGGAUCAAAAUUGUUCACAUGCUCACUUCAUGGCUGAUGUAGCUGUAAAUCAAAUAUGUAUUUUUAAUCAAUAAAGUGGACAAUCUCCCUCAAUCAGGAUUUGAGGAUUUAAACCUUAAUAAUACUCACACAGGGCUGAUGCAGAAAGGUUGCACUUUGUCAUCAUAAAAGUAGGCUUACAAUGUGGGAUAGGUCACAAAUAAAUUAUCGUAGGGAUGUGGCAAUGAUUUGUACCAUCUAAAACACCCAGUGUACUAUAUCAUAAACAAAAUGAUGUAUGAAACUUCCUUUUUUCUUUAAGUUUUUUAAUUGUUUGAUUUUAUUCAAAACAGGAUCAAAAGUUACCGGGUCCUCCUGCCUACAUAUUUAUGAUUGAUGUGUCAUACCAGAGUAUGCAGUGUGGAAUGGUUAGAAUGCUCAUGAGAGAGCUCAAAGAACUCUUAGAUGUACUUCCCAAGUAAGCCUGAUCUUGAUCUCCUUUUUAAAAAAUCUUUAUUCUUAAGGUUAAUCCUUACGUGCCUUUAGGGCUUGAAAAAAACUUGAAUUCCAGCUUGUCCUUUGGGCAAGCAGCCCUCUAGUAAUUUUGUUAGGAUGACCGGCCUGCAACCUGGCCCACUUCAAGCUUACUUCCUCAACAAGAAAAUGUUAUUGUGCUGGAUUAUUGGACAGGACUUUUUUCAAGCCCUGUGCAAAUAUUGUUCAUUUUGAUUUUUUUUUCAAUCCUGUAGAGAGCAUGGCCAAGAACAUUCAUUGAUUAGAGUUGGAUUUGUCACAUAUAACAAUCAUUUGCAUUUCUACAAUGUUAAGGUAAAUUCUUCAGCACUUUGGAGUAUUUAAUAUUUAUCUUUUUUGGAAGUAUACAGGAUGAUUUCAUCAACAUUUUGGGAUUUUGCAUAAUGCAUGCUUACCUCAUUUAGUGUUGCCAAUGUGUUAGGGCAGAUUGACCUGAAAAAGCAAGAGUAUUUUUAAAGUUAAUUGUGUUUGCAGUUGUUUUGGUCAAACACACAAUGCCGUUUUGAACGCAUCUUAAAUCUAAAUGGAUAACAAAGUUGAAUUCAAAUUGAUCUGAAAACUAAUAGCAAGGGGCUCUUAUUUCUAGGAAUGCAAUAAUAUUAAAAUCAUUCUUUUUUCUUCAGAGUAACCUUGCCCAGCCUCAGAUGAUGGUAGUCUCAGACAUUGAAGAUGUCUUUGUGCCCCUUGUUGAUGGCUUUUUAGUAAGUCCUCAGGAGGCCAGAAGUGUAGUAGAUAGGUAUGGCUUGAUAUUUUAGGGCAGUUUUUCUUAGUGUCUUUAUAAGAGAAAGUGAAGCUAUGGCAUGUAUUUUCAUUUUUUCUGGCACUGCACAAUUUAUUACCUUCAUUAUUUUCUGGCACUGUGCGAUUUAUUACAUUAUUUUAAAUCAAUUUUAUUUUUCAGCCUUUUGGAGCAAAUUCCUACAAUGUUUGGAGAAACAAGAGAAACAGAAACAGUUCUGGGACCUGUUAUUCAAGCUGGAAUGGAAGCACUCAAGGUUGCUUUUAUUUUUAUAACUUUUUUUUAUCUAGACACGUGAAAUUUUUUUUCCAACACCUUUGCAAAGCUCUGUUGUGUGUCAGCAACCUUUGUGGCAUUGUGUGUAGUAAAUUAUUGAUUCUCUGGCAAUGUUAAUUCUCAGUAAAAUCAGUGGUUGAUCAUCCAGUAUUCCAAGUAUGAUAAUUGCAGAUUAGAACUGUUACCUCAGGAUAUGUGUUGCUGCUAAAAAUGGAAGGAAAUGACAAGUCAUCAUCUUCUCUUGUUUUUGUAUAGGCAGCUGGAAUAUCAGGAAAACUGUUUGUUUUCCAUUCUUCCCUACCCAUUGCAGAGGCACCUGGGAAAUUAAAGAACAGAGAGGACCGCAAAUUACUUGGUUCUGAAAAAGAAAAGGUAAUGUUUUGUUAAAACUGUUAUUGAACAGGAUUUUUGACAGCAGAAAACAAUUUUCCUGAACUGUGGCAGGAUUAGCUCAGCUGGGAGAGCACUUGACUGCAGAGAGGAGAUCAUGGGUUUGAUUCCCAGGGCGGACCAAUACUCAGGAUCUUAAAAUAACUGACAAAUGAGGAUAUUUCCUUUGCCCUGUAAAUGCCUGGACCUUCGUGUGGCUUGGAUGACCACUUAAUCUCCAGUAGGAGACUUAAAAAUAGUGUCCCCAAUUAGUACUUUUGUGUUAAAUAUAUUGACACUCAAAGAAAGUGCAUUUUUUUUGAGAAAUCUUCACUUGAGUAGGCAACCCAGAAGGUAUCCUUAAUGAGCUUGGCUUCCCAAGAUGUCCCCAUAACUAGUUUAGCCAUUAGUAUCCAAACUACAGCUGUCUCCCAGGGUGAGAGGUGGGGGGGGGGGGGGGGGGGGGGGGGAUGAGGGGGGUAAUGCCCCAUAAAUUAUUAUAAUAUUUUGCAAAAGGCAUUAUGGUGAGGGGGGGGGCAAAUUUCGCAACUUGCGGAGCUGUGUUGACAGAUUUUAGCAAAUUUUGGAAGGGUCUAUUCAGCUGUACUCUUUUCAAGCAGCUUAUUUUGGAAAUGAUAGUCUCGUACUUUUAGUAUUAUCAUUGGUAAAAAUAAUGGUUUUCUUUUUUCACAGACAAUACUUACACCACAGAAUCACUUCUAUGAAAAACUUGCCAAGGAUUGUGUAGAAAAUGGUGUUGCAGUGGAUCUGUUUCUCUUUCCCAAUGCAUACAUUGAUGUAGCAACCAUUGGAUCAGUAGCAACUCUCACAGGAGGACAAAUCUACAGAUAUUCCUAUUUUAAGGUGAGGAAUGUUGAUGUCAAUUAUUUCGAUUUUAGUAUUCAGUAAUUUCUCCAUCUUGAGCAACAAUGUUUAGACUGUAUUAUACCUAGAUUUAUAAACCAGCAUACAGUUUGCUUUUAUCAUCGCUAAUCUUUGGAUAGCAGUACUUAAGAUACAUCUUACAAAAGGACUUGUUGACCAUGAGUUUCUCCAUGAGAACAAGUGCACUGAGUCUUUGGUUUCAUGAAAUAGUAAAUACCCAAACAACUUCCCUAACCCCUAACUACAAUAGGAACUACAAGUUGCUAGGACCAAGUAGAUUCAGAUUUCAGAUUAGAGAUCUUGGCUCAAAUCCCAUCAGGGACCCAGCUUUUUUCUUUCUUCUUUGCUAGUGAUAAUAAUGGUGAGUAUUACAUCUCCUCUAUCUUGAGCUGUCAUAAAAAGGCAAAUUGUUACAUUUUUGCACCAACUCUGCUCUUUCCAAAAUCACAGUUGAAGGAAAAUUUCAUAAUAGUUUUGUUGGUUUGGAUAAGAGUUAUUGAUCUACAGUCAAACUCCUUCCCAUAGAUUUGAUGAGUUAGGACCAAGCAAAUUGUGUGUAAAAGAGAGGUGUCCUCACAAAGAGGUUUGACUGUGCAACAUAACUCUAAUAUUGUAAAAUGCCAGGUAUAUAAACCUGUUUUUAUUGUCCUACAGGAAGCCACACAUGGAGAACAGUUUCGUGGAGACCUGAAGCGAAAUCUUCAGCGUAAUGUUGGUUUUGAUGCUGUCAUGAGAUUGAGGUGUAGUACAGGUAAAUGAUAUUAAAUUUAUAAAAAUUAAUGAGCAACUUCAACAAUCUGGCCCGGGUUGCUCGAAGCAUGGUUAGUGCUAACCAGCGUUAAAUACCAUGGAAACCUAUACAAUUUGAUACCUCUUAACCAACGGUUAGCGCUAACCAGGCUUCGAGCAACCGGCACCAGUACACUAAGUUUUUAUUCAGCAUGCUUGCUCUACAAGGUGACAUUUUGACAUUGCCAUUAAUGAGUUGUUUUGUGUACAAACAGGGCUGCGGCCAGUUGAUUUCUGGGGCAAUUGCUACAUGAGCAACACCACAGAUGUCGAACUUGCUUUUGUUGAUCCAAACAAGGUAGUAUUUUUGUUUCUGACCUUCAGUCAUUACUAUCAUUGUGGAGGAAUGUGUUCAUGGGGCAGAUAGUGGAUUCCAAAAUGAUUGAUAGGACUUCUAAUAAUUUUUUGAGGCUCAACAGGAUUUUGUAUAUAAAAGUAACUUAAAAGGGUGCUUGGAAAAAGUCUCAAUUAAUUCUGUUUAACUUGGGACUUAGUUAAAUGUGUAUUUCCUUGUGACACAAGAGGGGAUUGACAUUAAGAUAAUUGCUGUUAUGUUAGGUAGCAAGUUUUUAGUGGUCAGCAACACCUGGCUUGCUUAUGGUGGGCGACAAAGGUUGCCAGUUAAACAAGAUUCUCGGAGACAAUGAACAUUUUUGUACUUAGGUGAAGUAUCUCGGUCAGACUGUGUACAUCUUGGAGGGCCUUAAUUUAAAUUGACUCCUAUUUGUUUGUUUUUCCAUCAGGCAAUUGCCAUUGAAAUAAAACAUGACGACAAGCUACCAGAAGAAGGCCAGGCUUAUUUCCAGUGUGCAUUGCUUUAUACAUCUAUCAGUGGACAGCGAAGAUUAAGAGUCCACAAUUUAGCCUUCUCUACUUGUAGCCAAUUAUCAGACUUGUUCCGAUGCUGUGAGAUGGAUACCUUUGUUAAUGUUGUGUCCAAACAAGGUAAGCUGUAUUCUGCUUGUGAUAUUAAUUUGUUGUUGUUGUUUAAUGCUGAAGGGCUGUGUUGGAGACACAUGGUGUCAUGCAUCUUAAUCUUUAGAUAGCUUGAUAAGUUCCAAUAUUAUUUUCAAACCCACUAGUUAAAAAGUUAUCCUUUCAUUGACACUGUCAAUAUUACCUCUCAAAAGGCAUAAAAGCCUGAUUGUAUUUAUGACGGAUCAUAUUCACAGGGUUUUCAGAUAGGAACAUGACUUUUAGUGGUGAUUGGGUAGAGAGAUUGUGACAUAAACCAGCCACAUCACUAUUUUUAAUUUAAAGACCUUUCUUAAACAACAUUUUACCGGAUGAGUCAUCAUUCGUCCCCUUUUUUGUGGUACGUUUUACUCUAAAAACUGAAAACCGUGAACAUUGAAAUAUUUCUAGAGUAAUUUCACACUGCUUUUCUAUUCUGCAGCUAUCAGACAGGUAUACACAUCAACUCCUAAGGCUAUCAGGGAAAACCUUAUGAACCAAUGUGCACAGAUCUUAGCCUGCUACAGACGAAACUGUGCCUCUCCUUCAUCUGCUGGCCAGGUAAACUUCUAAACUGUGUUAUUGUUUGGGUUACAGUAGUCAUACACAAUUACCAUGUCAGUAAUGACUUUUAGCCACUUCACAAAGUACAGAUUCUUCUUCUCAGAAGAGUAUUGAGAGUGCCAGCUUGCUAGAACUAUUUGCCGAAUGGUCCUCUUUACAGCUAAAUUAGAAGUGGUUCUGAAAUGAUUAUUAUAAAUAACAAAAUUAUUGUAAAUUGUAGUGUGGAUAAUUUAAAGGGAAUUCAUUAUUUUAAAUCAGUUUCAAGUGAAAUGCAAAUGUUUUAUAAAUUGAAAUUAUUUACCACUGUUUUGUAAUCAUGUUAGUAUGUAAUAACCAAACAUUAUGGAUAAACCAGGAUCACCAAGUAAAAAGUCUUGAUUAUAUUAAACAAUUUCAUCUUAUUAGGGCCAGGGGAAAUAUGUAAAUCCAGACAUACUAUUUUUCCUGAGGCUUAAACAUGAUGCUCAUAGUGUUUUCUUACCAAUGUAUUUCUGUUUCAUGGCUGUGCUACUUAUCAAAUACAAGGGUUGUAUGCCACAAAAAUACUGUAAGUGGUCUUCUUUGCCAAUAGCAAGUGAAUUAGAGCGUGUGAUUUCUGUGUUCCAGCUGAUUCUCCCUGAGUGUAUGAAACUGCUUCCUCUUUACACAAAUUGUAUUUUAAAGAAUGACAUUCUUUUAGGAGGUGAGUGCAACGAUGUGAGAUAUUUGUUCAGUAAUCUAUUACCGGUAUUUCUUUAAUAUGGCAGAGGAUAUAGCAAUAACACUACAGAGAAGCUAGUCCACCAUGAAAAUAACUAUUGUUUUUAUACCUUCCAGUUCAGGCACAUUUACUAAUAAUUGGAUGAAAACGUUUUAUAUGCUAUGUGCGAUGAAGAAAACUUGCUUACUCCUUAGAUUGCCAGUUGUACCAAGCAAAUACAUAUUUUUUCCACCUUGUCUGUUGUCUUUUGCUUGGGAAAACACUGGAUCAGAUAUUUUUGCAAGUUUGUUGAUUGUCAUUGUUAGAAAGGAAAGAGUUACCAUGACUUUAUUAUUGUUGUACAAUUAAGGUUCAGAGAUGAGUUCUGAUGACCGGAGCUGGUUGAUGAGAUCAGUAAUGUCUAUGGACCAGGCAGCCUCUGUGCCAUACUUCUAUCCACGACUUUUUCCAAUGGUAUGGAUCAUAUUCAUUUUGAUUCUUUUCCCUUGUCCGUUUAGAGCACUAGGUUGAGGGGGCAUUCUGGUUAUUAUUUUGUAGAAAAUGGGUUUGAUUUGAGAAGGAAAGAAAUUAGGGUACAAAAAGUUACUCACAAACCAUUGUAUUCAUCAAAAAUAUUCGAAAAAUCAUCCAAAAAUUCUCACACAUUUAUUAAAUCUACGAUUUAGACCUUAUGGAGCCAUUUUUGACUGAAUGAAAUCUUGGCUAGAUUUGUAAGAAAAAGGGCAGAAAUAAAUAGAAAAAACAAGGCUUUUGACACGAAUACCCCCUUAAGCUUUGCCCAGAGACACGCACAGCUUCCAAAAGCUGAGUUAUUUUCAGAUGCUUAGUUCACUUAUGUAGCCAGAUAGCUAAUACACCAAAACAUAUUUAAGGUCCACAGUGCUUUCUUGAAGCAAUGAAAUGGUGCAAAAAAAACCUGAAACCUGUCGAUGAAGGGAGGGGGAGGGGGCUGGGGCUAAGAUACCUAUUACGUUUGUUGCAUUAUAAUAAACCUGUGCAUACUUGUUAUAUUUGUGGUAGUGCAGGCAUCCAUAAUGCUACAGUGAUGAUGAUUACCCAGGCAGUUACACUCACUGUCAACAAUAAUGAUCUGACUUUGAGACUAUGAGUUCGGGUAACAUGUGCUAAACUGCUCAUUUAUCUUAGUUUAUAUUGUGAAAAUGUUCGUAUACUAUUGCUGUAUGACUAUUGCGACUUUUAAGUUUUUGGUGCUGACAAAAGCAAAUUUUUGGCUGUCUACAAAAUGACCAUGGUAGUGAAAAUGUCAUUAACUGCGAACUUGGUCACCAACAUUAUGAUGUUUCCAUGGCAGAAUGAAAAGAAUUUGUACCUGUCUAUUUUUGAAGCUUAGGUCGUACAUAUUUAAGGUAAACGGCAUGAGUUAAUGAGCAGAAAUUAGUAUUUUUUGUACAUCUUAACAGUAAGGUUUCUUUCUGAGCUGAAUUUUCCAAUUAUUCUCUUUCAGCAUGAUUUGGAUGAGGACUCUACUGAUCUACCCCAAGUCAUUAGAUGCUCGGCUGAUCGAAUGUCAGAGAAUGGUGUUUACCUAUUAGGUGAGUUAAUGAUACUCGUUGCUGAUCAUCCGUGGACCUGUAUAAACUUCUCUUGCCUACAGACGUUUCUUCUUUUUAUCUUUCGUUUUCUUUUCAAAGAAUCUUGUGAGCAUACGAGAGUGAGCAUGGAGCGUGCUAACCCUAAGUUUUCUCAUUUACCCAGCCCCAUCCCCUUGCGCUAGAAAUCAUCAAAAUCUCCCUCAGUUUUUAUUCUCAUACGCGACUCAAGGAUCUCUAAAGAGAAAGUAGAACAAGCUGGUGUAAACUAAGUUACAUUCAAUAAUGUAACUAAAAGAUUGACUUAACCCCACAGUUCAGUGUUUGCUCUGCUUUGUCAGUCCUUUUGAUUUAUUCGAGUCAUCAUUAUUGGCAAGAUGCUGUCAGCUUGGUUCACCAAUGAAUUAUUUCUUAGUCCAGCCUUAACGUUAAUUCUGUGAUUUAAGAAAUCCACUUUUUUUUGUAAUUAUUAUAAUUAACAGAAAAUGGAAUUUCACUGUUCCUGUGGAUUGGUCUUCAAGUUGACCCCAGCUGGUUGCACAAAGUGUUUGGAGUCCAGACUAUUGGCCAAGUGGACAUUGAAAUGGUACAGUUUUGUGUUUCUUCUCAUUGAUGUCAAUGGAACGUGAACUGAACGUUUUCGCUUCUACAAUUUUGUAGUUCUCGCAUUUGAUUUUUCCAACUUAGACUGCUAGCAGCUACUUAAAGAUUGUCACAAGGACAAGAAUUUAGACUGAGUAUCAGGCUUUGUUUAGCGGGGGGAGAGGAUAGGGAACCGAAAAUUAAGAAGGAAAGGAAUCCCUCCCUGGUUGGUGCUUUGAAUCCCUUCUCCCUUACCCUUGAGGAUAGUACCAUACUCAGGUUAGCGAGCAUGUUAUGUGAAAGCAAAUGAGGCAAACGUUUCCUUCCCCUCCAGUUUUGCCAAGUAUUGACUCCACGUUAUGAAAGGCGACUGCCUCAAUGUUAUUUUUUCUGCAACUUCAGUAGAAUUAUUUGGGGUAUUUUUUAAUUAAUAUUUUUUACAAUUUCACAUGUACAUUUACCAAUAGAAACGAUCAUCUUAUGUUGAAAUUUUUGUCGCAGUAACUUGUCAUUUUUCUCUUUACAGACCUCUCUUCCAGUCCUUGACAAUUCUCUUUCUGUACGGCUCAACAACAUUGUUCGACAGAUCCAAAACCAAAGACAACACAAUCUUAAGGUAAAACAUCUUGUCUAUUAAAAAUAGUAUUGUUAGUUGUAUUGAGGUGGUGUAAAGUGUUCUUGAUCAUGCACCAUUUGCCAGAGCAGAAUGUGAAAUUAUCGUCCUUUGCCAAAGAUUAUGUUUUAACGUAUUUUUGCCACAAGUUUCUGCCAUGGUAGCGGUUAAUUAUUGAUUGCAUUCCUGUAACUGAGAAGUUUGAAAUGCAAACUUUACAUUUCCUAAGCAACAUAUUUUACCAAGAGCCAUAAUGAUUUUACUCAAAACAACCUGUGCGUUUAUGAAAAGACAAGGGGGCGAAUUCGCCUCGGAAAAUCACAUGACCCAUAUUGGGAAAUUAAAACGCACAACUCAAGAGGCCAUUAAUAGUAUUAUUUUACUUUACCAUUAUUGCUUUUUGGGGGACCUCAAUAAGACAUGAGCACGUAACCUUUCUCUGAAUGUUCGGUGAAGCUGAGACAGAAUUCUGAUUUGAUAUUGCCGUUUUAUUACCUUGCAGUUAACCAUUGUACGGCAGCGAGACAAGCUUGAAGGAUGGUUCAAACAUUUCCUCGUAGAGGAUAAAGGCAUUAACCCGGCUGCCACUAGUUACGUGGACUUUCUGUGCCAAAUGCAUAAGGAAAUUAGAAACUUAAUGAACUGAUCGAUAUGCGGCUACUCAUCACACACAA